AAAAAUGGCAAAUCAAUUUUUUAUGAUCGAAUUUGGUGGUAAUGAUACCGUCCUUUUACAAAAUGGAGAAAAUGGUGUAGAAUAUCUCCAUUAUAAUUCUUUUCAAGAUGCCCAUUCAGCCCCAAUGACUGAAUUAAUUAGUAAUGUACCAUUUUAUAUUGUUAGAAUUGGCCAAGAAAUUUUUGUUAUUUCAGCAAAACUUUUGAACCAAACUUUAGAACCCUUGAAUAUAUCAGUUCAUCAAAUUUUAAACUACGAAGAAGGAACCGGUAUUCGUCCAAUCAGCCUAGAUCAUUUUGAAGUAGUUCAGAACAAUUCAAUAGUAUUCACUAGAGACAACCCAAAUACAGGAGAAAUCACUAUCACUUUGAAUCCACUUGCUUCAAUUAAUUAAAAUAAUAAAAAUGGUUUAAUUCUGGAUUCAUAAAUUAUG